CCACUGGCGCUUGUGCACACAUUGAAACAGAAGCUGGCUGAACGGGACAGCAACACAAAACUCUCUUAGGUGCAUCCUCCUCCCCUUUCUGCACCACUGCUCUGUGUUCUGGCUCUGCCCGAAAAAAGUAACUUCACCUCCUGCUUUUUGUUUGAGGUGGGGGGUCUAAUUUUUCCUCAAGGCUGAGAGAUAGUGUACGAUGGUCCUGUCCUGCGGGUGUACAGUGGCGUGGGGCUGCGGAGCUCCUGCGGGUCCGUGAAGAAGAGGAAGAGGAGGAGGAGGAGCAAACGAGUGAGCGAGGGAGAGGGUGAGCAAGCGAGCGAGCGAGCGCAAGCAAUCAGGAGAGAAGACCGGGCUUGUGCUGCUGUCCCACGGCUGUGACUGAUGCUCUGCGUGAUUUGAGCCCCCUGUUCGAGAUCCAUUCAGACCUACCUUGCAAGUCAUUCAAUCCUCAGGGGCAAGAAUUUGAAAAAAGAACUGUUUGUUUCAAGUCUUUGUUUUUUCCGUCGUUGUUGGAGGCUAGACAAAAUACCUACAGACAGACAGGCAAUGUUUAUGGGACAAUAAUGGGAGUUUAGUACAGUCACGUGAAUUAACAGUAGAUUUUUUUCCUGCGGAAAGUGGAGGGGGGCUCGUCCGGGAUCGUGGACUCUAGACCUGAAGAAUGGCUAUAAACACCGACAGCGGGUUUGAGAAGUCCCAGCUUGGGGGUAAUGGCAGCACCCGUCCCACCGAUUCCCAUGAGACUGAGAAACUUCUAAGCCCUGUGAUCACGGAACCCCCGACCGGAGAUGGGGUUCCCAUAAGCAUUGGGGCUGAAAAGGGACAGGACGGCGACCAGAAUGGCCACGGGCUGCCCCUGAGGUCCGGCUCCAUUGGGCAGCUUGGCUCAGCUCCCCUCUCACCGUCUCGGACCAGCCUGAGCCGUGCCUCGUCCACAGGCAAUGCUGUACAAGAGCAGAGCAAGCCCCAGGACUAUCUCUUACUGGUCAUCUUCUCCUGCUUCUGCCCUGUGUGGCCGGUCAGCAUUGUGGCGCUGGUGUACUCAAUUAUGUCCAGAAACAGCUUCCAGCAGGGGGAUAUGGAUGGAGCGAGACGUCUGGGUCGCCUGGCUCGCCUCCUCAGCAUCGUCGCCAUCACCCUGGGCCUGCUUAUGAUUAUAGUCUAUGUAGUGGUGUCAGUAACCGGCAAAUGAACGGAAAACACCCGCUUGAAGAGGAAUGCAAUGACCAUCUACAGCAAAUCAAAAAAUCCAAACUACUAAAUCAAAGUCCUCUAUCUUAUUAAUUAAAGCCAAAAACAACAAAGAAGGGGUGUAGCAAAAAGUCUAUUUAAAAAGAUCUAUUUAAAGAGAAACGACGUGCAUGCAUUAAGUAAUCGUGUGCUUGAGAAAAUAGUAAAAUAAAACAAACACUAGGUUUAAAAAAAUGGAGAAUGGAGAGAGACUAUUUGUCCGGUGUAUGAGAGACUAUGUUGUUCCUGUGAGGAACUGACUGGCUGAAGAAGAGGAUGAGGAGGAUGCGAAUGAGAAGACAAAGACUAUGGACCAUGAUCUGCAUCAUAACCUUAUAUUAGUCCUGGUCUUGCAGUCCAAAAGUAUACAGAUGCACAGAUUUAUUUGCAAUAUAACUCUCUCUUAAUGUACAUUUUAUAUAACGAUUUGUACGCUGAACUAAAAUACAGCCACGGAAAUGACCACGGGGCAAAGGAGUGCUGGACUGUUGCCUUGUCAGCGCUGGCUGCCUUGGGGCCUCGCUGACUUUGUCAAAGGGAAAUGGAAACACAAUUCUGAAGGGGAGGAGUUUUUUUGUUUGUAUUCUUGAUUUUAUAGAUUUUGAUUAUGAAAACGACCACCUGCAUGUAUGUGAAUAGCCUGACGUCAUCACUUCCCAUUGUGGUGUUUUUGGUUCUGGAUGAAUAAUGGUGGACGCCAUUGGUAUCUAGAGUGGAAUGUACAUACUGUGUGUUGAGGGGCGUGGCUUCUGUCAUCUGCCUGGUCACCACUGGGAGCAGCCUGGGUUUUGUAAAACGCAUGUGAACCUCUCUUUACUCUACACUAGCUGUUGAAGCAUGGACAAACGUCUAGAGGCAUGAAGAGGCCUGCACCGUCGUACAUUCAGCACCGAGGCCCUCUGAGAAACAGAGCUAGUCACAGACCACCACCCCCCCACCACCACGUCCCCCCCCCCCCAACCCUGUCUGAUUACCACUAGUGCAGAAUGCAAAUCCGUUCCCGUUAAGGCUCCUGACUUGUAUAUGUAUGCUAUAUAUCCGUAUAUUUAUACAACUAUUUAGGCAUGCCGUAGGCAGACAGUACACCUGUUUUCUAUUGUCACCCAAAAAAAUACACCAUUUUACAAACAAACCUUGUGUUGUUUCAGGGAUGAUGCACUGGUAUCAUGACACACCUGACAGUAUUUACUGCAUCUCUGCAGCUUCUUCAACAUUCAUUCUAAGGCCAAACACAGUUGGAGACAAUGCUAAAAAAAAAAAAAAAGAGAAAACCUCUAUUAGUUGCCAACAGCUCUAUAUAAUCAAGUAUCUUACUGCCCCAUUCAUUGAUUUAAAAGCACUUUAUAUUAAUUCAUGAUUGGUUAAUCUUAUUUUUUAGCAUCAAACCUACCAAUGAAAGUGAACAGAAAUGCUGGUUUUGUAUCUGAUUUCUUCUUGACUCUAUAUAUUGCCUUUGGUAAAGACUGUUCACCUGCAUAAAAAAAAAAAAACAAAAAAAACAACACCCAAGCAUGUAAUCACUGGAUUUUCACUAAUGUUCUUAAACCAUUACAGAGCAAUUCUCAAGAUUUGGUGCCCUUUAAGUUUUUAAUAUACAUGGAUAAUAUGAUUAAUACUUAUAAUAUUUGAUUUUAUCAAUGAGAAAUCUAUAAGAAAACUGAAUAAUUGUAACUGAUUCCCAUUAUGUAAAAUAUUCACAUGCAUUUAGUCUGUAAUGCUAAAGAAACUAAAAUCAAUAAAUAUCAAUAAAAAAUAUCAAUGAUUUGGUAUUUCUCCACUGACUGACACCUGAAGAAUUGACCAUCACAAAAAGAAAGUUUUCCUAAAAUCCUCUUUAAUGUUUCUAAAUAUUGCAGUAUUUUCUCAAAUCCAUCAGUCCUUCACUCAGUCCCGUAACCCAUAACACCCAUUUCACAUCAGUGUGAGAAAAUGACCACUCUGAAUCACUCUGGUUCAACAAAAGAUAAGAUUGUAAUCCUUCUCCCCUCUAUAUAUUAUAUUAAAUAUGUUUGUUUGUAUUAGCUUUUUAAACAAGCAAAAUCUCCACUCCCAUCAUUACAUUCAACCUCAUAACAUAUUAAAUUGUUGUAACAGAGUAAGAGAGUUCUCUUUUUUUUCACUAUAUGUUUAUAUGUUCAUAUGUUCACUAGCGUAGACAGAAAUAAGUCAGUUAUACACAAAAUCUUCAAGCCCAUAACAUAAACUGAACAGCUGUAAUGAACCAAUGGUUGAACAACUGUAUUUUAUUUAUUUUCAUCUUCACAAUGGGCACCCGCUCCUGAGAAUGGCUCUACUGCCUUUUUUUGCCUGUCUGUACAAAUGAAUGUAUAUGAACACAAAAUGCAUAAAAAAGUGUGGAAACUCCAGGAAACACAACAGGAGGGACGCUCUUCUCCUUUGUUUAAGUACUUCCUGUUCAACACGUCAGGUACUUGCUGUACACGAUGGUACAGUGCCAAUAUUGACGAGAUGCAAAAGUGCUGCUAUGUGUCUGUAAAACUGUGACCUUCUUUCAGUCCUUUUCCUUUUGCUACCUUUAUUCACUUUGGAUAUUGAUUUUCUUUUUAUUAUUAUUAUUAUUUCCACAGGUUUAUUGUGUACUUCUGCAUGUGUGGAAUAAAUGAUAACAUGCAUGGUC